CAGAAUAAAGAAAAUCUUAAUGACAUCUGUAGCGCCUUUCUUAAAUCUGUUGCUUGUCUUGUAUGGCAGUAAAAAAGUAACAUGCCGAGCUGGAACCUACUGGCUGAGGGGAAACGAAUGUGAUAUGCAUGGUAUUGAGAUCUUGCGCUAUGCAACCGGCGUAUUAUUCUUUGCACUCGCUGUUUAUCAUCCUUACCCAUAUGGAGCAUAUGACCUUUCGACUAACUCUCCAUGUAUCUCAGCACUAUGCAUUCAUGGAUUACGUGUGUAUCACAUAUACACACAUUUCUAUGGGAGUUGGAAUCUAUCUAAUUCGUGUUCU